UUAAACUCCAGCUCAGAUUUCCGUGUCUGCGUGGAAGGAGGAAAAAGUUGCACGUCAGGAGUUAAAAGUUUUUCUUUUCGUUUCAGUUCAAAAGAUAAACAGCGUUAAAUCACAUCAGAGAUCAGUCUGAGUUUAAAAGAUGUCUGCGAGCAUUUUGUCGUAUAAUGAUCAGACUUCGGUGGAGUCUGGAGUGGACGCGGCGCAGGAGAGCACCAGCACCACAAGCACCACCGUCAAGAUGGGUCUGUUCAGCGCUGAGUUUAAGAAGAACGAAGAUCUGAAGGAGAUGCUGGAGAGCAACAAGGAAUCACAGAAACUAGAUGCUAUGAAGAGGAUAGUGGGGCUUAUUGCCAAAGGAAAGAACUCAUCUGAACUUUUUCCAGCCGUGGUGAAGAACGUCGCAAGCAAAAACAUUGAGUUGAAGAAGCUUGUGUAUGUGUACCUCGUCCGGUAUGCCGAAGAGCAACAGGACCUUGCCCUCCUGUCAAUCAGCACUUUCCAGCGGGCACUCAAGGAUCCAAAUCAGUUGAUCAGAGCGAGCGCCCUCAGGGUUCUCUCCAGCAUCAGAGUCCCCAUCAUUGUACCCAUCAUGAUGUUGGCCAUCAAAGAGGCGUCCACCGAUCUUUCGCCCUACGUGCGGAAAACCGCAGCUCAUGCCAUCCAGAAACUUUACAGUCUGGACCCGGACCAAAAGGAGCACUUAAUUGAAGUGAUUGAGAAACUCCUAAAAGACAAAAGCACUCUGGUAGCAGGAAGUGUAGUGAUGGCGUUCGAGGAGGUGUGUCCGGACCGGAUCGACCUGAUCCAUAAGAACUAUCGCAAGCUGUGUAACCUGCUGGUGGAUGUGGAGGAGUGGGGUCAGGUUGUCAUCAUACACAUGCUGACCCGCUACGCCAGGACACAGUUUGUCAGCCCGUGGAAAGAGGAUGCCAUGUUUGAUGAGAACAAUGAAAAGGCCUUUUAUGAUUCAGAUGAAGAGAAAAAAGUGGACCAGUCCAAGCCGUACAUCAUGGACCCUGACCACAGACUAUUGCUGAGAAACACUAAACCACUGUUACAGAGCAGAAAUACUGCUGUUGUGAUGGCGGUGGCUCAGCUCUACUGGCAUUUGGCUCCAAAACAUGAAGUCAGUAUUGUCACCAAAUCUCUGGUGAGACUUCUGAGGAGUCACAGGGAGGUUCAGUAUGUCGUAUUGCAGAACAUCGCCACCAUGUCCAUUCAGAGAAAGGGAAUGUUUGAGCCCUUCAUGAAAAGCUUCUACGUGAGAUCAACAGACGCCACACACAUCAAAACACUGAAGUUGGAGAUUUUGACUAACUUGGCCAAUGAAGCAAACAUCUCCACCAUACUGAGAGAAUUCCAGACGUAUGUAAAGAGUCAGGAUAAGGCUUUUGCUGCAGCCACCAUCCAGGCCAUUGGUAGAUGUGCCACAAACAUCUCCGAGGUGGCGGACACCUGCCUCAACGGCCUCGUACUGUUACUGUCCAACAGAGAUGAAACUGUUGUCGCAGAAAGCGUUGUGGUGAUCAAGAAGCUCCUGCAAACUCAGCCGUCGCAGCACAGUGACAUCAUCAAACACAUGGCCAAACUUUUUGACAACAUCACUGUCUCCAUGGCGAGAGCCAGCAUUCUGUGGCUAAUGGGUGAAUACUGCGAAAACGUGCCUAAAAUCGCCCCCGACGUCCUUAGAAAGAUGGCCAAGACCUUCACCAAUGAAGAGGACAUUGUCAAACUCCAAACGGUCAAUUUGGCAGCCAAACUGUACUUGACCAACUCCAAACAGACUAAGUUGCUGACUCAGUACAUCCUAAACUUGGGCAAGUAUGAUCAGAACUAUGACAUCAGAGACCGAACGCGGUUCAUUCGUCAGCUGAUCGUUCCGAACGAAAAGAGCGGAGCCCUGAGUAAAUAUGCUCGCCGCAUCCUGAUGGCGUCCAAACCGGCACCCGUGCUUCAGUCUGCCUUCAAAGAACGGGAUCGCUAUCAGCUCGGCACGCUGUCUCAUACUCUCAACGCUCAGGCCACCGGGUACCUGGAGCUUUCUGAUUGGCCGGCUGUCGCUCCAGACCCAUCUGUGAGAAAUGUAGAGAUUGUGGAACCGGUGAAGGAGGCAGGAGCGCAGGCCGUCGGUAAAGCCAAACCUAGCAAAUCAGAUAAGUUUUAUUCUGAUGACGAAGAGGAGGAAGAAGAGGAAGGUAGCAGCAGCGAGGAUAGCAGCAGCAGUGAAGAAUCAGGAAGUGAAUCUGAGAGCGAGGAGAACAGCGACGAAUCCAACAAGAGCUCCAGCGAAUCGGAGAAAAGCUCCAGCGAAUCAGAUUCGGAUAAGAAGAAGAAAACCCAAAAAAAUAAAAAACUACAACAACAGAAAGCAGCGAGCAAAGACAGAGAGCAGAAGAAUGGAAACGCUAAGGUUGAAUCCAGAUCAGAGAGUGAAUCGGGCUCUGAGAGUUCCUCAUCAGAGAGCUCCUAUGAAUCCGGAUCCGAAUCGGAACCAGAUUUGGACUCGGGAACGGAUCAGAAGAAAAAAGCCAAGUAUGAACCUGUCAAAUCCAAACCAGUCACAAAGGUUGAGCAAAAAACAGAAGUUUCUCUCCUUGAUCUUGACGAUUUUUUACCCGCACCAGUGACCAAACCCAAAAGCCCCAUUCUCUCUCCCAGUUUACUGUCCGACCUGCAGGGGCUUUCCAUCACAUCCAGUGGAUCCGCCUUACAGGCCAGUUCUCCCGUGUUCGUGCCGGAAACCUCCCAUGAGCUCCUCCACAGGAUGACUGGUAAAGGUCUGUCCGCCCAGUACCGCUUCACCCGGCAGCCUUGUAUCUAUAGCAACAGCAUGGUAUCCCUGCAACUGACACUAAGCAACAAUAGUGACCAAGCCCUCGAGAACAUCCACAUCUCAGAGCAGAGUUCCACUGGACAGGACAUCCAUCGCUUCAACACGAUCGAGCGUUUGGAGCCGCAGGCAUCUAUAACCGUGUCCAUGGGUGUGGACUUCAAAGAUUCAACACAGGCCGCAAACUUCCAGCUCUGUACUAAAGAAGAUGAAUUCAGUGUGUCCAUCCAGCCUGCGGUGGGGGAACUACUGCUGCCCAUCACCAUGAGUGAACCGGACUUCACAAAAGAGCAAAGUAAGCUGGUGGGCAUGAAUGAGUCGUCUGCAACAAUCGCCAUGGCGUCGGAGAACGCUUCCAGCCAAUCGAUACACAGGAAGGUGGUGUCUGUCGCCAACUUGGGCGUGGUUUCAUCUAGUCAGGACACUAUUCACAGGUUUGCCGGUAAGACGGUGAGUUCAGAUUCUCUGGUCCUGGUUUCGGUGGCCCUUAAGGAUUCAGAUGCAGUGAUCACAGUUAACACAGAGAAAACCGUGAUGGCAUCCAUGCUACUGCGGCAGUUUAAAACAGCCCUGACCAACAGCGCCACCUAGAAAUCGAUGUCCAAGGCAUGGAGAGCUGAAAAUCCUCACCCGCAACAUUUCAACACUUGAAAUUCAGUCUCGGAUUUUGCCAUUAUUCAAAUAUAGUGUUAUUCUUUUGGUUUGUAAUGACACACUGUAAAAAAAUCUUUUGGCACUUAAAUUUUUAAGUUUAAUUAACUGGGAAUAAAGUUUACAUAACUAAAUCAAAUUCAACUUGAUUUAAUACGUUACAGCAACUUAUCACUUGUCAAAAUUGUUGAAAUGACUUAUAAAUCCUAGUUGAUUGAACCUACAAAUUUAUGUGCAAAAAUAUUUUUUACAGUGCAAUUUAGUUGCCAUGAUUUGGAUUUGAGUCUUGAUGGAGACGGUUUCGUUUCUUCUGCCAAAAAUUUAAACCUACCCUUGAUUUUUCUCUGUAAGAUUUCCCAUUGUCCUGGAAAGUCAGACUGACAAAGUGUUUAUUUAAUUUUGUUAAAUGUUACCAGGUUUUCUACAUAUUUGCUGGUUUCUGUCCAUGUGGUCUGUUGUACGGUCUUGCGUUGUUCGAAAGAUUUUUUCAAUUCAUAUCCAUGUUAAGUGCCUUUUAUUAAAUUCAUUAACCCAAGUGCCCAAACCCGUUUCAACAUAACUACAAAUGAAAGAAAAAUUGUCUGGAAAAUAUAAAGCGCUCUCGUUUCAGUCAUUUGUGUGUAAUACUGUCUGCCAACUUGCUUUAUCAAGAGAGAAACUAAAUAAACCAUGUCUGAAAAACUGUGUUUUAG